AUGCAACAGAGAAGAGCUGACGCGACAACCCCAGAGAGACAUGAGCGUCAAGACUCAAACCGAAGAUCCACAGAAGCAGCUAGAGCGGAAGAAAAUACCCCCCUCCGAGAUGCACGGCGCGAAGCGGAUCGCAAUGCGACACGAGGACCUAGAGCCGAGGAAAUUACUCCUGCUCGUGAGGCGCGGCGAGACCUUGACCGUCUAUCCACCCAACGAUCAAGGGAUGCACAAGACACACCGACUCGGAAUGCCCGGCAACGAUCCGACGGCCAGGCUCGAACGGCUUCUCGGCAGCUCUUCCCCCCACUACCCGAAUCCUCGCUUUCGUAUCGCGAUCUCGGCAUGGUCCAUAUUGAGUGUUCGCACUGCAAAGCUCUGCAUUUCGUCCAAGAACGCAUCGUGAGCAGCUCUGCCGCAAGGCCCAUGUUUUCCACAUGCUGUGGGAAGGGGAAGCUGUCACUGCCCCUUCUCACCGACCCGCCAGCUCUUCUGCGCUCUCUUCUCAUCGAUGAUACUCCAAGGGCCCGCCGCUUCCGUAAAAACAUUCGAGCAUACAAUUCAGCGCUGUCUAUGGCGUCCGUGGUCGCCAAAUGGGUGAAAAGAGGGCCCGGUACUUCCAAUUUUAACCCCACAAUGACGAUGCAGGGCGAGAUGUACCAUUACAUGGGUCCCAUGAUGCCAUCCGAGGGGCGGGCGCCUUCCUUUGCUUCCGUUUACAUUCACGACACUGACUACGGUACUCAAACGCGCACAAGGCUUGGCGGAGCCUCUACACGACUGGAAGACACACUGUUAAUGCAACUGACGCACAUGCUGCACGAAUGCAACCCCUACGUGCAGACUGUUCUCAAGAUUGGGCGAAGAGAUAUCGUCGUGCGCAGGCGAGGGACUCUGAACAGUAACGGGAACGAAGUGCUGGAUCCGAUUUCAGUCAGUCAUCGUGCAUACGAUCCGUUGAGUUACGUGCUUUUGUUCCCGAACGGUAGAGAUGGAUGGUAUCCAGAGCUUCGAUUCUCCAGUGAUGACGACGGCAGACGUACCAAGAUUACUCCGAUGAUGUACUACGGAUGGCAUUUGUUCGAAAGAGCAGGCGAGUUCAGCACAAUCUUGCACGCAGCGCGACUCUUUCAGCAAUACUUGGUUGACCAGUUCUGCAAAGUGGAGGCAGAAAGGCUUUCGUAUCUCCGCCACAACCAGACACAGCUUCGAGCCGCCGACUACACCUCACUGCGCGACAGCCUAGGAGACUCCGGUCGUGCUGAAGAUGAAGCCGAUGCCGUGCGUGCGGGACGACUGUUCAUUCUCCCUUCCACGUACAUUGGAGGUGACCGCUACAUGAGGCAGCAGAUGCACGACAUCAUUGCUAUAUCGAACCAAAUUGGCCACCCGGACAUCUUCCUCACUAUGACAUGCAAUCCAAGCUGGCCGGAGAUCACAAGACCCCUACUGCCGAACCAAACGCCUCAGGACAGACCGGACCUGUGCGCACGUGUGUUUCGUCUGAAAAUGAAAGAUCUCAUUUCCUUGGUCAUCAACGAGGAAGUAUUCGGAACCGUCGUUGCCCAUGUACGAGUCAUCGAAUUUCAAAAACGCGGUCUUCCCCACGCUCACGUUGUAUUUUUCCUAGAUGAAGUCUCCAAGAAUGAUCUGCGUACUCCCGAAAACGUCGACCGCAUUAUCUCUGCCGAGAUCCCGUCUGCCCAAGAUCCAGAACUCCAAGAGGUCGUGCUCAAGCAUAUGAUUCACAAUCCAUGUGGAGAACGCAAUCCAACAGCCGUGUGCAUGGGCGAGCAGUACUGCAGGAAAGGGUUUCCGAAAUCGUUCAAACACGAAACCAGCCAGUCCGACAGUGAGUACUACAUCACGUACCGCAGAAGGUCCCCCUCUGCAGGUGGCGUCUCCAUCGAGCGACCCUCCCGUGUUGGCCGACGACAGCAAUCCGUCGUGGUCGACAACUCCUGGGUCGUUCCCCACAGUCCUCUGCUUCUACGAUCAUUCGCUUGCCAUUUGAAUGUGGAACUCUGCGUGUCACGCGUUGGCGGAAUCAAGUACCUCUUCAAGUAUGUUUGCAAGGGACAAGACCGAGUGACCAUGGAAAUCACUGCCGAGAACGAGUGCCACGACGAGAUCUCCAACUUCCAAGAUGCCAGAUACGUUUCGGCAUCGGAGGCCGCAUGGAGGUUAUUCUCCUUUGACAUUGUAGAUCGCAAUCCUCCAGUGGUCAGACUUACGGUGCAUCUGCCCAACCACCAUACAGUAUACUUUGAGGAAGGGCGAGAGCAGGAGGCGGCGCUUCGACCAGCAUCAGGUACGAAGCUGACCGAGUGGUUUAAAGCCAACGAGAAGUACCCAAGCGCGAGGCAUCUUCGGUACCACAAGUUUCCAAGGUACUUUACGUGGAAGACACGCACCAAGUCAUGGACCUACGAUUUCAGUGGUACAGGUGCCAACGUAGUCGGUCGAAUCUACACUGUCAGUCCGAGGGAGGGUGAGCGCUACUUUCUUCGCCUCCUCCUCACACAAGUGCCAGGGGCAACAUCCUUCGAGAACUUGCGAAAUAUCGACGGCGAGCAGUGCACCAGCUUCCGACAAGCUUGCUUACGACUCGGUUUGCUGGCCGACGAUGCCGAGUGGAAGCACGCAAUCCGAGAUUCAUUCCGGUCAAGCUUCGUUCCUCUUUCUCAUCUGUUUGCUACGAUUCUGGCACACUGCCAGCCUUCGGACCCUCUCUCGCUGUGGAACGACCACCUGGACAUGUUUCUCACCGAUAUUCGCAAUCGUGCACGCAGACAACCCAUUCGAAGACAGCAUCUUCGCGAUGAUCACCACGCCACAUCUUACGUACUUCGAGAGGUACAGGAGGCUCUGCAGACCCACGAGCGCAGCAGUGGGAAGGGCGACUACAGACGUCACUUCCUUCGUACGCGCCGUAAGCAGGUCAUCGCUGUCGCUACGUCUGCUGUUGCUGCUGUGCUGAUCGACGGUGGACGCACCGCUCAUUCCGUGUUCAAGAUUCCCAUUCCUGUAUCUGCCGAAAGCACGUGCAGCUUCUCCGCAAACUCCGACACAGGCCGUACAAUGCAACAAGUCGAUCUCAUCAUAUGGGACGAGAUCGUCAUGUGCCAUCGACAUUGCAUUGAGACUGUCGAUCGCUCCCUUCGAGACUUGAUGCAAACCGACCGGCCCUUCGGAGGAAAGUUCCUCGUGCUCGCUGGAGACUUUAGACAAAUCCUUCCCGUCGUUCCGGGCGGGUCCAGAGGUCAAAUCGUGAGUGCGUGCGUCAAGGCUUCCCCGCUGUAUCGAGAGUGCCGAUUCCUGCGCCUUACCGAGAACAUGCGCCUUGCUGCUCUCCGAGCGGACCCUGCAGCAGAUGUGGAGGCUCUCAACUUUCCAGAAUUCCUCCUCAGCGUCGGGGAAGGCAGACUUCAAGGCGAACAGCGCCCGGAAUGGAUCUCACUACCACAGUCCGUUGCGUUCGAGCACACCAUCCGCAAUUUAUGCCUCAAGGUCUUCCAAGGCAUUCGAGACAAUCACGCCGACCCUGCCUGGCUCACCAAGCGCGUUAUACUCACCACAAAGAACAGGCCGCUCGAGGAAGUCAACGAGGUCAUCGGCAACAUGAUUCCGGGAUCGUAUCGAACGUAUUUGAGCGCAGACAAGGUCGAGAACGAAGACACCAACGCGCUGAUCUAUCCCACAGAAAUGCCCAACACCUUGACCGCCGGAUCUGCUCUACCAGACCACAAGCUCAAGCUCAAGAAAGGCUUCAUCGUCAUGCUUCUGCGCAAUCUCGAUCCCGCUACCGGUCACGUCAACGGCGCGCGAUAUGUCAUCGAGAACAUGACCAACAACCUGCUCUUUCUACACGUUACCACCGGGUCACACCAAGGCAACAGACUGUGUCUUCCUCGAAUGCCCUGCGGACCAGGAGACGACAACUUUCCCAUCCCUGGCUUCACCCGUACGCAGUUCCCCAUUCGCACGUGCUUCGCCCUUACAACGAACAAAGCGCAAGGCCAAUCCUUCGGUGGCCGCAUUGGUCUCGACUUACGGGAACACGUGGAGAGAGUGGGACGGGGCCGCCACCAGAGACACGUGUGGGAGGCGGGGUGGGGCCGCAGGGCGGCCUAG